AUGAGCGGGUCGCUGGAAGUACCGCCGCCACCGGCGGCGGCAAUAGCGGAGGGAGACGUGAGUGCUACCUUGUACCUGACAGCGCAACGGUGGCGCUCAUACCUCCUCGAGCACUCCGUGGUGUUCCGUCGGCUGCAGGAGGAGCGUGAGCGGGGGUGGCGAUCGGUGGCAUUGGAUGAGUGGUAUGCGCGACGGCAGGCAGACACGACACGUUCGUCGGCAACUGGCGCCACCGUCGCCAGCCCCUCUCAGCCCGCAACCGAACUGGCAAUAAAAUGCGGGGCUCAAGUAGGUAAAGGCACCACAGCUUUCGUAAAUGCGGACGUGACCGUUCUGGCCGAGCGCUAUCGGCAGCAUGCGCGGCGCAUCACCCAGCACGCGGCAGGCGCCUUCUUCAGGGCUGCCACCAAGGGGAAUUCUUCUGAAAGCAGCAACGCUGACGUGGACCCUGUGCCGUCUGCGCCGCUGUUUUUAGAUCUCGGCUGCGCGCCGGGCGGUGUGUCUAAGUACCUUGUCGAAGACUUAGGAUGGCGUGGUGUUGGUGUAACGCUGGCAAGCGCAGACGGCGGCAUCGAGGUGGACCCGCUGCUUCUUCAGAAAGGCACGUGCAGCGAUGCGUCGUUUGUGCUGCUUGACGGCGACGUGACGCAGCCGCCAAGCACAUGGAACCGUUCGGCGGCGUACGCACUCGGGGAAGGUGAGAAAUGUGCGACCGGAAUGCAGGCACAAGCGGUGCCCUGCGCAUGCUCGACUGUCUGCACAGCUGGCGUUUCGCCCCUAUCAGCAUCGUUGUUCAAGCCGAACUCCGCGGCGGCGCCACGCUUCCACUUUGUUAACGGUGGCGCUGUGCUCGAUCAUGGCCAGCGACAACGGCGGGAGAGAGCAGAAGGGGCGGCCCUGACGUCUGCCUCGGUGCCAAGCGGUGGUGCGAUGCUGGGCGCGGGUGCGCGCGGUGGAGCGGAUUACGUCGAUACAUUGCUUACCGACUCUUCGUCAACCUGCGCGCAGGCAGCGGCGCCCAUCCUGCCUUGGUUCAGCCUCCUCGUACCGCAGCUGAAAACGGCGCUGACGUAUGUUGCUACCGGCGGUGCGCUGAUGCUGGUGCACGGUGCCCCGCACUGCGCGAGCAUGUUCAUCCUGAUGCGGUGUAUGGAGGAGGCCGUAGGCGUGGCUGCCGGGACGCCCUCCUCGGGGAGCCGAGGCCGCGUGCACGUUCUGGAGACGAUGCACCUUUCAAAGGCGCCUGUGUACUUGCUGUGGACGGAUGUUCGACCGCCGCGCAAGGAUCCGUCUGAUGCUGUAGAAGCUCAGUCGAUGCCAGAUGCGCAGACAUGUCUACUCGAGGCGCUCAGCACAACAUCGCCGCGCAUCUUUCCUCUACGUUACACAACAUCGCCGACGCCAUUUAUCACCGCCACCGGCGAUAGUCGCGCACUGCUACGUGAGAAGCAGCGCCUAUGGCUAGGCGAGUCGGACGAGGGGUUUGAGCUGGCUGUGAAUGGUUUCCAGCGGUACGGUCAUCUCGUCGAGGUUGUCUGGGGGAGGAUGGAGGCGUUUCUCCGGCAGCGCCGCGAGCGGGCAGAGCGUGAGGUGCACAGCGGCGGUGGCGAUCCUCGUCGUGACCGGAGGGCGGCGUCCACAGCGGGCUUGAAGCGCAUGCGGAGUGACGGUUGA